AUGGAGUAUUUCUGUGCUAGAUUAUUAGGUGUUAAAACGUCUUUUUACCACUGGGAAGAAAAACCGGCUGAUGAAUUAACGAUUCAUAACUUGACAUUGGAACAAUUACAAACUGCUGGUAAAGUACGAUCUUACGUAGACGCUUUCCAAACGCAGGCUAAACGUGAACUGAAAUCGCUUUUAAGUAAAAAUCGAAGUUUUCAGCAAUGUCUUCGUAGUUUAUCUAAAGAUAAAUCUGUUGUGAUUACCAGACCGGAUAAGGGAAGAGGUAUUGUUAUUUUGAACAGUUCAGAAUAUCUCUCUAAAAUGAAUAAUCUAUUGGCCGACACCUCCACAUUUAUUAAGAUAGAUACCGAUCCAACUUUAUUUAAAGAGGAUCAACUAACACGAAUUUUACUGCAUCUACGUGAAUGA